GGCGGUGACGUCACAACGGAGCGCCGUGCCGUGCCGCGCCGCGCCGGGCUGUGCUUCGGCAGGCAGCGGGUUGGUGUUACCUGCUCGUGCGUGCGAGGAGCGCCGUGCCGCCUCGCUGUCUCUUGUUCCCGUGUGGGGCCUGAUGCGCGGCAGGCGGUGAGGGACGGCGGGCUGCCGCGAUGAGUCUGUUCAACCUGGACCGCUUCCGCUACGAGAAGAGGAGGACGAGCGCGGAGCAGGACGGGCGGCCUGCUGCUGCCCAGGCCCAGGAGGGCAGCCCUGCUGCGCGUGGUGGGAGUGACACUGCAGGGAGUAGCAGGCCGGGCAGCCCGGCCUCGGAGGGAGCAGGGUACUCCAGCAUCCCAGAAACUCCUGAAGCGGAGAGGACAAGGGAGCUGUCUUAUUUCAAGCAUCAAAAAGGGGUGCACUUCCUAGAUGAGUCUUCUGACAGUGAUGAUGAAGUACCAAGAAGAGUCAGUGCUGCAAAAGAAAACAAGGCUCCAAGGAAAGAUGUGAUUUUAAUCUCAGAAGACUCGUCAGAGGACGACCAGCCUGUGUAUGAACUACAGCAGGUGGCUUAUGUAAACAACGGGGACCAACUGGUUGGCUUGCAGGAAGAUACAGAGGAAGACAUCAGAAAUGCGAAGCUACAAACACUGAAGGAACUUUUUCCUCAGAGGAGUGACCAGGAUUUGUUACAAUUGGUAGAAUCAACACACUCAAUGGAUGAAGCAAUAGCUGCUUGUUUGAAUUUCAGUAAUGAAGCUGCCUCUCGUAAAAGGAGACUAAAUGAUUCUCACAUAAAUGGCAAAGACAGUGACGAACAUGUGACAAAAAAGGCAAAAGCUAAUUAUCUGGAUGAGCCAAAGUCUGAAUUACAAUGGGAGAAGCAAGAGAUGCUUGUAGAGAAGCUGCAAAAUAAAUUCCCUGACAUGGAUAAGGAGGAACUGAGAGAUGUACUUCGGGAACAUAACUGGGUGCUUCAUGAAGCACAAGAGGCCCUGAGAGUAUUUGCAGAAGACAAUGACGGUGUGGAAUUUCCUUCCCAAAGUGAAGUUUCUGACUGGACCAAAGUCUCUGCAAGUAGCAGAAGUGAUGAGAAGAAAGAGAAGCAGAAACAGAAAUUUUCUGGGAAAGAGCAGAACUGCUUUAGGAAAAAACAUAAAGCCAAAGCAAAUGUUUGGAGCACUAAAACAGAAGUACAAGACUCAGAGGAUGAGUCAGCUGCUGAAGAUGGCGGUAGCUCUCUUGACGAGGACUAUGGCAGUGGCGAUGAAGUGGUGGAGAGUGUUUACAAAAGUAAAAUCCUUAGCUUCCUGCAAGAUGCUUCCCCAAGUGAACUCACUAUGAUUCCCCAGUGUUCUGAGAAAAAGGUUCAGAAGAUAAUAGCGCUCCGGCCCUUUAAUAGUUGGGAAGCUCUGUUUACAAAAAUAACUAAGACUGCUGGCUUGUCAGAAGACAUAGUGUGGAACUGCAAGACCCUGCUGAAGGAGAGAGAUGUGGUUCUCAAGCUCAUGAACAAAUGUGAAGAAAUUUCAAAUAAUCUGACGAAACAAGUAACCAAGAUUACUGAAGAUGGAGGAUGCAAAUGGAAUGUGGAGCAACCCUCCAUUCUGAAUCAGAGUUUGGAACUCAAGCCAUACCAGAAGAUUGGUUUAAACUGGUUAGCACUUCUUCAUAAACAUGGUUUGAAUGGCAUUUUGGCUGAUGAAAUGGGCCUAGGAAAAACAAUUCAAGCUAUUGCGUUUCUGGCCCAUAUCUACCAAGAGGGUGAUGGAGGUCCCCAUUUGAUAGUUGUGCCAGCUUCAACAUUAGAUAACUGGAUAAGAGAAGUUAAUUUGUGGUGUCCUGAACUGAAUGUCCUUUUUUACUACGGAUCCCAGGAAGACAGGAAACAUCUCCGGGCUGACAUUAAUAACAGAGUUGUAGAUUUCAAUGUCAUUGUAACUACGUAUAACUGUGCAAUUAGCAGCUCGGACGAUCGAAGUCUGUUUCGCAAGGUGAAGCUUAACUAUGCAAUUUUUGAUGAAGGUCAUAUGCUCAAGAACAUGAGCUCUGUACGCUACCAGCAACUUAUGAGAAUUAAUGCAAAGCAUCGCUUACUGCUAACAGGAACUCCAGUUCAGAAUAACCUGUUGGAGUUGAUGUCUCUCUUGAAUUUUGUUAUGCCACAUAUGUUCAGUAGCAGCACAAGUGAAAUCCGAAGGAUGUUCUCUUCAAAAGCAAAGACUGCUGAAGAACAAAGCGUGUAUGAAAAGGAAAGGAUUGCACAUGCAAAGCAGAUAAUAAAACCAUUCAUCUUGCGAAGAGUAAAAGAUGAGGUCCUUAAACAACUACCUCCCAAAAAAGAUCACAUUGAAUUAUGUGCUAUGUCUGAGAAACAAGAGCAGCUAUACUGUGAUCUCUUAAACAAGCUGAAGAAAACGAUGAAGGGUAACGAGAAAAACUCUGAUAUGGGAAAUGCAAUGAUGCAACUUAGAAAAAUGGCUAAUCACCCUCUCUUACAUCGUCAGUAUUACACAGCUGACAAGCUCAAGACAAUGUCCAGACUUAUGCUCAAGGAGCCCACACAUUGUGAUGCUAAUCCUGACCUUAUCUUCGAAGAUAUGACAGUAAUGACAGAUUUUGAACUGCAUUUGCUUUGUAAGCAAUAUUCUCAUGUUGGUGACUUCAAGUUAGACAUGGAUCAGAUUUUGGAUUCAGGAAAGUUUAGAGUAUUGGAACGUCUUCUAUCUGACCUUAAAGAGAAGGGUGACAGAGUUGUAUUGUUUAGCCAGUUUACAAUGAUGCUGGAUAUCUUGGAAGUUUUUCUAAAACACUGGCAACACAGAUAUAUUAGGUUGGAUGGAAAAACACAGAUUUCUGACAGGAUACAUCUAAUAGAUGAGUUCAAUACAGAUAUGGGUAUAUUUGUGUUCCUUCUGUCAACCAAAGCUGGUGGCUUGGGAAUCAAUCUGACCUCAGCAAAUGUUGUUAUUCUUCAUGACAUUGAUUGCAAUCCAUACAAUGAUAAGCAGGCAGAAGAUCGAUGCCAUAGAGUAGGUCAGACAAGAGAAGUGAAAGUCAUAAAGCUGAUCAGUAAAGGGACUAUUGAAGAAUCCAUGCUCAAAAUCAACCAGCAGAAAUUGAAGUUAGAGCAAGACAUGACUGCAGCGGAUUUGGGUAAGUCUCCUGCUAGUAGUGAUGUCCCCUUUCGUGAGUUAAGGAGAUCACUGCAGUAUAUGAUACCAAAAAAACUGCACUUGUAAUGAAGAUGAGAUAAUUUUGUUUCACUUGAAACUAGAAAAAUGUGUUGUGCCAGUUUACUUUUCAGUUUGGCAGGAAGUGUCCCUUGAAUCUAACACGCAAACCAAAUGCUUAAAAGUAGAAGAUUGUGUACGGUUUUGGGAUUCUAGACUUCUGUCAAUUUAUGUAAAAUACUUAUUGCUCUACUAAUGUAUGUGUUUAUUCUUCAGGAGAAGAAGGGGCCAUUCCAGCAGAUAUAGCUACGUUACUGAAAGCCUCAUUAGGUCUCUAAAAUGUAAAUAUGUGGAAUUUAAGGAAGAAACGUAAUGCUAUACCCCCAAGGACUCGUAUGUUAUUGGUGACCAUGAGUUUUAUGAAGUUUUAUAACUUUUUAUAGUUUCUUCAUUUUAUUCCUCAUGGUAUUGACAAUUUUUAACACUGGUAGCAUUCUUUCGAAGCUUGAAAAUAUAAACAGUACAAGUCUACCAACAUCAGAUGUUGAAGAAACAUUAUUUUACAGGACAUUUUUCAAAAUGGGGACCUAAGUAGUAAUUGUUAUAAUAAAUCUGCUACUGCUUAAGAUUUGUCAGUAUUUUUGUAAUUAUUUCUACCUCCAGACAUAUAUAUAUAUAAACUGUCUGUUUCACUGGAUUAUGCUUGUAGAUUUCUUUUAUAUGUGCCUUAUUUGACAAUGCUAAAGUCUGUUUCUGCUUGUUCUGGUUCAUUUGAUGUACUGUUCUGGUUUUGUAUCAAUUUGUUCAAAUAAAACUCCAUACGUUAUCAAAA